UGGGUUUGGGUUGGGAUGGGAUAGAUGGUUGACGGACAUGGCAUGACAUGGAUGAACAGGACAGGUCUUUUUUGGGGGGCGUUCUUUGGGGGUUUUCGGGGUUAUGAUUUAUGAUCUGGGUUUGGGUUGGGGUGCGAGGUGUGGAUAAUGACGAUGUCUUCGAUUCUUGCGUUCGUUUGGGGUAUUUUUACAUACUUACAUAUAUACGUAUUUUAUAUAUUUGUUUAUUAGAUGUUGCAAUCAAUUGCUUUGUUCUUUUUGCUGGGUUUUGCACGGACGUGUGUGGAGUCCAAGUGCUGAUGUCUUUUCGUACUUUGGUCAUUGAAAGGUGAUUUGCUUUGCAAUAACUUUCAUUAUUAUAGUUCGAAGUGCUUUUGUCGUGUUAAUACUUUGGUUUAUGAAAAGUUCCG